UGGUUGAUAUUGUUUUUAGGAUGGAUAUGAUUGCAAUAUCUGCGGUGUUAGUGCUGGCGUUUGUUGUCCUCAUAAACUUCUCAGUACAUAAACUAGAAGAAGGCCAUGUUGGCGUCUACUACAGAGGAGGAGCACUUUUGUCCCACACUAGCCCUCCGGGGUUCCACAUGAUGGUGCCUUUCAUUACUACUUACAGAUCUGUUCAGGUAACACUACAAACAGAUGAGGUGAAAAAUGUUCCUUGUGGUACCAGUGGAGGAGUUAUGAUAUACUUUGAUAGAAUUGAGGUCGUUAAUAUUCUUAACAGAGACAGUGUUUAUGACAUUGUGAGGAACUACACUGCUGAUUAUGACAAAACCUUGAUUUUCAACAAGGUUCAUCAUGAGUUAAACCAGUUCUGCAGCAGUCACUCACUUCAUGAGGUGUACAUUGACUUGUUCGACCAAAUUGAUGAGAACUUGAAGACUGCUCUCCAACGUGAUCUCAAUGAAAUGGCUCCUGGACUUCAAGUACACUCAGUGCGAGUCACAAAACCUAAAAUUCCUGAAGCAAUCCGGAAAAACUAUGAAUUAAUGGAGGCAGAAAAGACAAAGCUGUUAAUUUCCAUCCAGCACCAGAAAGUAGUUGAGAAGGAUGCUGAGACUGAACGUAAGAAGGCCAUUAUAGAGGCGGAGAAGGUGUCUCAAGUAUCCAAGAUACAGUUUGACCAAAAAAUCAUGGAGAAAGAAUCUCUUCAGAAAAUGUCUGAAAUAGAAGAUGCUAUGCACGUUGCAACACAGAGGAGUCGAGCAGAUGCAGAUUUCUACCAAAUGAAGACUCAAGCAGAAGCAAACGCUCUGCUGCUCACCACACAGUAUCUGGAACUGAAGCGAUACGAGGCGAUCGCGAACAAUACUAAAAUGUUCUUUGGGUCGGACAUACCUAAGGUGUUCUGGCCUCAAAACUUGCCAUAAUUGCUCAAAGACUGUUACGUUGUGUGAAUUGUUGUGUGUUACAUGAAAUAAGAAAAUAGCUUUACGAUUGUGAUUGUUAUAGCAACAAAACAAGAAGAUUGUACAGUUUUGGAAAAAGCAUUAACAUAAACUUGUUGCAGUGACGUACCUCCUAUUGUAUGAACAAUCUUUAAAUUGCUUGGAUGGCUAAUUGAAUUGUUAUUAAAGUAUUGUUGCUAGGACUGGUCUAAACACCAAGUGAUUUAAGUGAAAAGUCCCUAGUCGUGUAAUUAAUUUUUACAAACUUUAGGUUUAAUAUAAAAAAAAAUAUUAGUAUGAAUGUUUACGUUAAGUAAGGCGUUGGGUGUAAUACACAAGAUUGCAAAUUGAAACAAUACAAGUUAGUCUCUCAGUUUGGACAUUCUCCCAAAGAUUUUUUGAGAUGAAAGAAUUAUUUAUUGCAUGGCCCAAAAACACUACUAUAUUUCAAGAUGAGUUAAAACUCAACACUUACUACUAAAACCUCUUAUAAAUAACUAAAACAAAGAUUUUAAUUUUUCUUCAUGACAACCAAUUAUUUGAACAAAACCAUUGGAACAGAACAAACUAAUAGACUUAAUGUGCAGAUGUAUGUCCAACCAGUUCAUUAUGGACUAUUUUCUUUUGUUCACUGAUUUUGCCUUUAGUUUAAUCCAGUUGUAAAAGCUGUAACAAAGUUUUAAUGCAGUGUUCCAACAUGUUUACCUAGUUUUCAAUAACUAAGAUACAAGCUGAAUAUCUCAGUCAGCUAGAAGUCGUAAUGGAUUUAAAAUUACACUAAACACAGUGAAAAUAUAUUACAUGUAACUUAAAUUUAAGUAUUUGGCCGAACAUGUUCACUGAUUGACAUGUUCCUUGUUGAAGCCCAGCUCCAGUUCACUUGUUGAACUUUGUGUUCAUGACCUUGGGCUCCUCCUGCAGGAGUUAUCUGUUAUCAGAAAUGGGCAUGUCUGCCUGGCUUGAAAAUCAAUUAUUUUAUUAAAAACUAUAUGGUUACUGUACCGAAUCAAUUUCUUGUUUAAGAGCCUUAUAUAAGUAAAAGUUUUCUAAGUUGUUGAAAAUAAAUAAUUUAUUACAAAUUUUAAAUACCUCUAUGUUAUUUUCUAUUAUACCAGUGCUAUAAUCUUCAUUUAAAAGGUAUUGUGCAUAGCUGGAUUAUAUAAGGAUUGAUUCAAAGGUAGGACUUUUUUAAAAUUGAAAGACCUGUUUGGCCACAUAAUAUUUGUAACAUUUUAGUUAAUAUACACCAGAUUUCUCUUAUUUGUUUUUCUCCGUUUAGUGUUAGGCUUAAGUAAGUGCUCGUUUUUAUUUGAAGUUCUAAUGAUAGGGGUAAUAUUAAACUGUUUAAACUCUGUUUUAAAUAAAUUAUUUGGGUUGUAGUGUUUUUACAGUGUAAUUUUAUUACUUUUUCUAUCCAGAUGACUGCAUUGAUGAGACUAGUAAAACAGAUUGUAAAUUGAAGUCAUACAAUUUCAGGGGUAAUAACUGAAUGAGUAUGUUAAACAUUAACAAAACGUUACUCGUCGUGUGCGCUGACAGGCUUGUACACAAAAAUAGAAUGUGUGUCAACACCAACAAACAUUCUACAAUCCCUACUAUGUUCUGUUUUAAAAGUGUAAAAAUUGAAUAUGUUUAGAGAGUAAAAUAGGCAAAAAAUGUAAUAAAAUACAUCACAAAUAUUUGUAUAGUAGUGACAGCAAUGAUUGAGAGGGAUGUGUCAGAUUUGAGUGUGUUUUUUUAUGUUUGUCCUCAACUUAACUUAAUUUUAUUGUUCUAUUCAAGAUUCACUUAUAGAACAGUAUUAUUUUAUGCUCAAUUUGAAUAAAUAUAAACAGUAAAAAGACAUUAAUGUGUUGCUUUUUUGUUAUUUUUUAUAUUGAUUGUUUUUGUAAAAUCCUAUUAAAUUUGAAUAUUAUUUACAUUUCUCUAUAACCAUAAGUACCUUUUUGAGCUUAUAUUUUGAAAAAAAUCGGCUUAUUGUGGAUGAAAUUGUACUGAAAUCCCAUUGGCUCAUUCAUCAGCCAAGGUUUACCACUAACUCAAGUAAUAUACUAUUGAAUAUGAAACUUCUUUCAUAUCAUCUCUCUCCUUCUACUCUCAAACUAAAUAUUUGUAGGAUAAUGAGCAAAUAUAUUUUAAUGUAUCUUAUACUUCUAUACACUGCAUUAAAAGACCUUGAUCUAAAGCUCAAACAUUUUUAACGUGUUGUAAUUAACACUAAUAUUGAAACAAAGCAUUAUUUCAAUAAUAAAAUUACGUGUUCUGAAACUGGUGAUUCCAGCAUAAGGACCUUAAUCAAUGCGAUAAUGCUAACUUCAGGUUCAACAGCUAUUAAGUACAAUGCAAAGUAAUAAAAGUUCGUAAAAGAAAUUUCCAUUUGGAUUUAAUGUUUUUUUUAAUUUUGUUAAACAGGUUGUAAAUGCUAAAUUUGAAUAAAAUGUCAAGAUGUUGUAUUGUUGUGUAACAAAAUUGCACAACACAGUGCACUUAUUAUUAUUAAUCAUGAAUUUAAGUUACAAAGCUUAUUAGUUAGAGCUGGAGAUCAAAUAUUUGCCUAAGUUGUAACAAAUAAAAAUCCUUUCUGACUUAAUGGAUUAUGUAUGAUAUUAA